AUGUGGGGUCUCAGUAUAAUUUUGUCGUCAAAAUCAGCGUGUGGUUGUAAAUUUUCACAGUCCUUCAGAACCCGCGUUUAUCAUUUCGCUCUUCGACCUAAAAUGAUUAGUCCUGAUGAUGCGGUAGACUCAAAGGACCCCCGCCUUGUUAAAUUUGUUGCCCCGGCAGGCAAAUGGGAGCAUACGGGGUCAAAUUAUGAUGAUCUUGUUUCAAGAAUUGUUGGAAUGAUGACCAUAAGAGGAGAAAGAGAAGUCGCGAGAGACGUCAUGCGCAUGACAUUUAGGGAAAUUAAAUUGAUACAGAUAAGGAAAAACAAAGGUAGUGCAGGCAGUCCGGAUGGUGAAAAUACUGUUAUAAAUCCAAUAGCCGUAGUUCGUGAAGCAGUGAAGAACUGCACGCCUUUGCUACUUUUACAGUCAGUGCCACGUGGCGGCAUCUUGUACAAGGUACCGGCUCCUCCAGUCUCUGACUCGGUUGCUAUUCAUGCAGCUGUAAAAUUAAUCUUAGAUGCAGGAAAAGACAAACCACGUGAACAGCGUAUUUGGAUAUCCUUGGGGAAUGAGCUUAUAGCAGCUUCACAAAAUCAGGGGACAGCUGUAAAGCGUAAAAUUGAAUUGCACAAGCAAUGUGAAGAAAAUCGUGCUUACGCCAAUUAUAGAUCACACUGA